AUGAGCUCGAUAGCAUUCAAGCUGGCCACCCUGUUCGUGAGAACGGUGGCCAAGCCCAUUGCGGCUACUCUAAAAGUAGAGGCAAAACAAUAUCCCAUGUUCAAGAAGGUGUGUGUGAACGUUGCUCAGAACAUGCACAUCUUAGAUACAAGACUGCGGAUGAAACUUCUGGGAAAGAAAAACGUGACUGUCCGGCCUCUGAAUGAAAACAAGGCCAUAGAAAGCGGAGCCAGCUUUUUGUCCGAGGCGUUCAUUUUCAGUGUGGCCAGUAGUGCCAUAUUGUACGAGUCUUAUAGAUCCAGAAAGAAGGAAUUGACAAGAAGGGAAAGUGUGGCUGACGAUAUCGCUACUCUCCAAGACGAGAUUGAAUAUCUCAAGAGGAAGCUGGAAGAAUACAACAUGAAACUGGACGACUAUCAUCCUCCAGAAGACAUGAAGCCCACGGUGUUGAAGCUGGAUGAGCACGGAAAAAACCAUAGAAACGGUGAUUUGGUGGUUGCCAAAGUAACAGAGGCGAAACCGGAAGAAUCUACAAUCUCCACCAAAAAAGACCUCCCAAAAGGGUUUUUUCACAUAGAGAGACACCAGCCUAAGCCUGUGCCCUCUUCAACCAAUUGA